UGAAACCUUUUUUCCUAUUCUAAAACAAUUCUAUUCUAUCUCUUUUCACAGUCAAUUCGGAAACACAAAACCAUCACAAUCGUGAACCAAGCUUUACAUCGCCCAUCAAAAACAUUAGUGUAAGCGUAGGACGAGAGGCUGUAUUGAGUUGUUAUGUAGAGAAUCUUGACGACUAUAAAGUAGGAUGGAUGAGGGCUGCUGAUCAAACAGUUCUGGCUUUACAGGGUCGCGUUGUGACUUUCAAUUCUCGCUACAGUGUCGAGAACGAAGAAAUGAAAAUAUGGCGACUUAAGAUUAACAACAUUCGAGAAACAGAUCGCGGUUGUUACAUGUGCCAAAUCAACACGAUACCAUUAAAAAAGCAAACUGGUUGUAUAGACGUUCAUUUGCCUCCCGACAUUCUCGAUUCGGAAUCAUCUAAAGAUAUAACGGUGAACGAGGGUCAAAAUGCCUCGCUCUUUUGUGUUGCCAGUGGCAAUCCCCAUCCGCGGAUAACGUGGAGACGAGACGAUGGAAGUCCAAUAAUAAUAAAAAAGAACAAUCGUACUUUGAAAACUGAUGCAUAUGAAGGUGAAUUAAUGAGCUUUGAGAAUGUCGAUCGAAGACAUUUAGGUGCAUAUCUCUGCAUUGCAAAAAAUGAUGUUCCUCCAGCUGUUUCCAAGCGUGUUAUGUUAAAUGUGCAAUUUGCACCAAAUGUCACAAUCAUGAAUGAAAAAUCGGUUCACGUACUUGAGCGUUCUCAUAUAGAAAUUGUAUGCAUAAUCGAGGCAUCGCCCCGUCCCGUAAGCUACUGGAUUAAAGAACCAUUAAGUAGAAGCUUUCAUCAUUCUUACGAUGAUCCACGACAAAAUGUGCUACAACAAGGCGACAAAUACGCUAUCAGUGAGGUCGUGCAAUCUCAUUAUAAGACAACAAUGCGAAUGGUUAUCUCGAACUUUGGUGAGAGCGACAUCGGCAUUUAUACGUGUAUUGCCGCAAACGUUAUGGGACGUGCCAAUAGCACCAUUCGUCUAUAUGAAAUCAAAAUUCCAACAACGACGACGACGACGACAACAACCACGACACCAAAACCCACGACAACAUCAACAACAACACUUCGAACAACCACGAUGAAGCGAACAACAAAAACUUUAACGUCCACGACGACCACAGAACUGGAAAAUGAAAUAACAUCAACUGAACCACAACAGUUCGAAUAUGUCACGUUCGAUCCACUCUUUAAUGAAAUCGCAGGCGAUUCGUACAUCAAUCGACCGCACUUAAAUGUGGCUUAUUCGACAAGUCGUGCGACUGAAGGUGCACAGCGUCAUGCAUGGAUGAUUAUGUUGGUGCCAAUAAUGAAAAUUCUCUGGAUUUUCCGGUGAUAAUAUUAUUGAAGAAACCUCAAAUAUUCACAAUUCUACGAGUUCUUAACAUUCUGUUGAAAGCUUCAUAUCUGACAUUCUCAGCUUCAGAGAUGGAAUUUGAAUUAUUUUUAUAAUUGUUUUAAUUCAUUCACUUAAAUUUUCACUUCCAGCUCUCAGUUUUCAAUUCAAAUUCAUUCUCUUUGUAAAUUUGGGAAAUUAAUUUCAUUAAAGAAAGCUUGAAACUCAAAAUGCAUGUAUGUGGUUCUUAAAUAUAAAAUGUAAUGUAUCGAUAGAAAUUGUUCUUUUUUCUAUUAUUUUGUAUUUAAUUGAAAAUGAAAGAGAAAUUAAAAAGCAC